UUGGACCUUUGCCACCCUGUCUUUCAAAUGGAAUUCAAUAUGGAUCAGUAGCAACUCCCAAAUUCAGUAUUAAAUUGAAUCAGAAAGAUAGUUGCGUGCGUGUAGGGGGACAAAUAGGUGUGGUUAAAAACAUCAUUUUAGAUGAUGCCGACACUUAUGUUGUAUACCAACCAUUUAAAUAUUCGGAGGAUUUCUUCGAUAUUCCGGUACCUUCUGGUUUUCUUGGAAUACAAACUGUUCAUGAUUUAGGCACUACUGAAAGUGUUUGUAAAUUGUCUGACAUCCAAGCAAAAUGCACUCUACUUCCUCAUAAAAGGAAAUAUUUGGCUAUCCCAUUCACAAGUACUAUCUGGUAAAACUUACAUAAGAAAGUAGUUUUUAUAUGUACUGUAGUUAUAGAUAUGUGUGAAAAUAAGGUCAAGUAGUUAAAUAUAUAUAAUUAUGUAUAUAGCGUUGUAAGAUAAAUGUUUGAUCUGUGAUAGGUCUAUGUACGCAGUGGUUGAGUUUACUGAUGAGGGCUCUGUUGCGGUCGUUCCUAAGACCUGGCUCACUGAUGACAAGAAAAAGUGCAAAUGGCCGAUGUGGACAAAUGUGGACAAAAUAAACCAUGCUGUUAAACAGUCCAUGGAGCCUACACCUUCUUUCAUGUGUCUUUCCAUCCGAGUGUUGUAUGAAUCUGACGAUUAUGAAAAGGCUAGGAAAAGGCUUUCAAGAGCAGAAGUAACUUCAAACUUAGAGAGUGACCAGGCAGAUGAAGAAACAGACACAGUACCGAAAAGAAAGAAAAGACCAAAUCCAAGAUAUGAUCCUCUUUCCUCUGAAAGCGAGGAAGAGAAUGAAUGUAAUAUAAGCCAGGACAAAACUUCAGGUAGCCUUCGAAGAUCACCUCGAAAAUCAAAGAAACAAUUUCCGGACCCACCACCACUCCCUGCCCUCCCUUCACUUGCAUCACCAGCACGGAAAGCACCCUCGACCCCAUCCACUAAAGCAACAUCAAGUUUGACAUCAUCACCAACUUCAUCUAAAUCUGCACUGGAUUCAACACCAAAUCAACAAAUGACAGCAACGAACAUCAAAAUCCUCACUAUUUUAGAGGAUGUAAAGGGACAGGUCAGAUUUAAUACCAAAUUACUUCAGAAUAUAUUGGCAAAAGUUGAGGUUACUGGAACGACUACUACCACCAUGGAGAAUGAGGUAGACAUUGGAAUUGAAUUUCCCUUGAAAACCCAAGAGGAACUGGACUCUUUAGAGGAGCAACUGGAGAGCCAAGAAACCACCAAAAUAAUGCUUGGAAAACUAAUAUGUAUCGGUGGUGACAAUGUGCAAACCUGUGUGCGGAGAGUACUUUCAUUUUUGAUGGCAACGUCACUGGCAACCCAAUUGAACUGGAGCGGUAAAGGAAGUAAAAGAGGGCUCUCAAGUCUCAAGUUAAAAGACAUAAUUAUAAAGGCUGUGAGAAAAAAUAAAUUUUGCAGUGCAGCGACUGACAAUGAAAUCGAAAGACUUGUGAAGGACUGGCUAAGGUACGCCAAGGAUCGUGAUGGGGGGAGAAGAAAAAGGGAGGAGAAAAAGAAAGAGAAGGAAAGGGACAGUGAGGAAGCUAGCCAGGAUUAAAGACUUUGAUUAAUUAUUUCCAAAAACUUUCUUCAUCAUCUUUUUAAUACUACUUUUGUACUUUUUGACAAUUUAAUUGAUAUAAUAUCUUCAUCAUCUU